AUGCGCAUUUUUUAGUGGGCUGGGUUAGCAUAUUAGCUGUUGAUAAUGCUUGAUGUUUUUAAUAGGUGUUUUAUGCACCUUAUUUUACUUAAACGUUUUGCACAAUCUGAGUAGUUUUUUAUUGCACCAGUUCUACCUUUUUCUAUCUGUAAAGUAACGAAAAGCGACAGUUUGCACUCUUAGAAGCAGAUCGAAGUUGCAUUCACCUGCGGCUUUUAACAUGAAACUGAAGACUGGAAAAAGAGGGAGUCAGUGUCUCAGCACUGGAUGGAAAAUAUCUCGCCAUUUCUCAACCCGAGACUAAAGAAGGGGGCGUUUACCUUCCCUGUCGUCUAUAGUAACUGGCUGUCGGGUGAUUCGAUGAGGGUGGUGCCAAGCAGGCAGAAGACGUACGAUAAGCCUCCAUAGGGACUUUGUUGCAUUAGCCAACCUCUGUUUGCCGGGUAUAACCGAGAGUAAUAAAGCACCAGUCUGAAAGAUUCCCUCACACUCAUUCCCUCUCGUUAAAGUGAUGUUAUAACUACACCCGCCUCGUCUCUUGCAUGCCACAGCGGAGCACAGUUUUCAGAAAUACAAAGACGAGGAGAAACCGCAGUAUGGAAACGGAGAUCCACGUGCCUGUUGGUUCGCCGGCAAUCAGAAAAAUCCCAGUUUUUGUUGAUGAGCAUAACGUUACAAAUGGAGCAAUGAAAUUGAUUCAGCAGCUUCGACCAUCAUGGGACAUCAGUUUCAUCAGAACCAAGCUCUUUACCGAUGGGACCACCAAUAAGCUUGUUGGCUGCUUCUUGGAAGAAUCCCCAGAGGACAUGGUCCUCGUACGGGUCUAUGGCAACAAGACUGAGCUUAUAGUGGACAGAGACAAUGAACUGAAGAGUUUCCAGGUGCUUCAUGCCAAUGGCUGUGCUCCCCGCCUAUACUGCACUUUCCAGAAUGGCAUUUGUUAUGAAUUCAUGGAGGGAGAUGCGCUGGGGACGCAGGAUGUGAGGGACCCUGUGCUACUCCGGUUGAUUGCAGCAGAGAUGGCUCGCAUCCAUGCCAUUCAUGCCCACAAUGGCUGCAUCCCAAAACCUAACCUAUGGAUAAAGAUGCGCAAGUAUUUCUCCCUCGUGGCUACUGAGUUCAUAGAGCACACUUCAAACACCAGAAUUAAACAGGAAUUGCCAGAUAAAGCUGUACUGGAACAGGAAAUGGCCUGGAUGAAAGAGCACCUUUCUCAGUUGGGGUCCCCUGUUGUUCUCUGUCACAAUGACCUACUGUGCAAAAAUAUAAUUCACAAUGCUAAGGAAGGUCAUGUUAGGUUUAUAGACUAUGAAUACUCAAGUUACAACUAUCAGGCAUUUGACAUUGGGAACCAUUUCAAUGAGUUUGCAGGUAUGAGCAAGCUGGAUUAUCGCCUGUACCCCAACAGGGAAAUGCAGCUGGAGUGGUUGAACACUUACUUGCAUGCCUAUAAGCACUUUACCAAGAAGCGGGAGGCAGUGACAGACUGUGAGCUGGAAACACUCUUUGUCCAAGUUAACAAAUUUGCCUUGGCAUCUCAUUUCUUUUGGGGAUUUUGGGCUGUCAUCCAGGCCAAGUAUUCCACUAUUGAUUUUGACUUCCUUGGGUAUGCAGCACUGCGGUUUAACCAGUACUUCAAGAUCAAGCCAGAAGUCAUGGCUCUGAAAAUUCCGGAAUAAAAAGCAAGGAUGUCUGACAGUGGUAGCAGAUGCAUUUUCUGUAAGAAGCGGAUAUGGAUGGGCCUUUAUGAGGGGAAUGUUUUUAAGAGAAGUAUGGGUGAAGUAAGAGAUUAUUAGUGAGAUAACUGAGGAGGAAUAACUGGGAGGAGCAGUGUGGUUGGGGUGUUUCUUUAAUCAAGUUUGUCCACCUAAACAUACUCAUUUUUCUUAGUAGACCCCAGCUCAGUUAUCUACUGAGAAGAGAUUGUUGUUCAGGCCUUUUCUCUUCCCACCAUAAAUAGGUAUGCAGCCUUGAAAAUUCCCACAUUUUCAAAUACAGGCCAGGGUUUUGCUGUAAGAAGAGAGACUUAUCAUUUGGUAAUUUUCCUUAGAGGAUUUUCAGAUUUUAGAGCAAUCUUGAAGGAAGAGAGUGGAAUGAUGCCCCCAAUCCAAUUGUAGCUUUGCGCUUUGUAAUUAUGUGUUGUUUGGUUCUUAAGUCAAGGAGCUCGUUGUAGAAGCUGAGGUCACACCAAUUUUUUGAAAAGUCAUGCAUAAGACGCAUGUGCAUCUCCAGUAAAAAUGUCCUCUAGAAACUCAGCACAGCAUCCUUGCUUUCUUAGUAACAGCAAUUGGACAUCUGUACUUUAUUUUAGAAAUUGGAUAAAUAUAUGAUUAGAAACACAUUUCCACCCAUGAAUAUACCUAGCACUUACUUUCACCAUAAUGACAACCACUUUACUUUUGGAGGAAAUAUUAAUUCAAAAUGUGCAACUGCAUAUCUGAUGUCUUUACCAGUUUGCUGUCUGUGAAUGAUUUUUUUUUUGGGGGGGGGGUCAAAUGACUAAUGUACACUAACUGCAGUGGAACUUCCACUUAUUUAUUUAAUAUACUUUUUUGAUUAUUAAACCAAAUUUUAUUUGCAAUUAA